AUGCCUUGGGAGCACAAGGAUUUCAAGUAUCCGUCGAACAUGGCACCGCCGCUGCAGGUCCUGAUUGACUGCUCCAACGGUGCGAGCGACUAUGGCAACAAGUUCGGAGAGCCGCUCAUCUGUGGCUGGACCAGGUCCUGUGGCGUGCGCAUGCAGGAAAGUGGGGAGCGCUUUGAGUGGGUGAAGCCCAUCAUGUUGUCAGGAGGCCUCGGGCAGAUGGACCACAACCACCUCGUGAAGGAGGAGCCCAAGGAAGGCCAGCUUGUUGUGAAGAUCGGUGGCCCGGCCUACCGCAUCGGCGUGGGAGGAGGUGCCGCCUCGUCGAUGGUCGCCGGCGACAACCAGGCCGAACUUGAUUUCAACGCCGUGCAGCGCGGUGACGCCGAGAUGCAGCAGAAGGUGAACCGUGUGGUGCGCGCCUGCGUCGAGCUGGGGCCCAAGAACCCGAUUCUCUCCAUCCACGACCAGGGAGCUGGAGGCUCCGGAAACGUACUCAAGGAGAUCAGCGAGCCUGCAGGUGCUGUGAUCGACUUGCGGAAGAUGCAUGCGGGCGACCCCUCGAUGUCCAUCCUGGAGCUUUGGACGGCCGAGUUCCAGGAGAACAAUGCCCUUCUCCUUCCUGCGGAAUCGGCCGAGCUCUUUGACAAGAUCUGCAAGCGAGAGAAGGUUUCCUACGCCAUCAUGGGAACCAUCACUGGCGACGGGAAGGUGGUUGUGAAGGACAGCCGCGACGGAAGCACGCCGGUCGACCUUCCCUUGGACAAGGUGCUGGGCAAGAUGCCUCAGAAAGUCUUCCCCAUGCAGCGCCUCUACAAGAAGCCGCCGAGGUCCCUGGACCUUCCAGCAUCGCUGACGGUGCAGGUGGCGUUAGAGACAGGUGUACUGCGCCUCCUGUCAGUGUGCUCCAAGCGAUUCCUGACCAACAAGGUCGAUCGAUCCGUCACCGGCCAGAUUGCACAGCAGCAGUGUGUGGGUCCGCUGCAGACGCCCCUAGCCGACUUCGCGUGCAUUGCACAGAGUCCUUUGGCCACCAGCGGCGGCGCCACCGCCAUCGGCGAGCAGCCGCUGAAGGGCUUGGCAGGCGACCCAGCCAGCUGCGUCAGCAUGGCCCGCUUGGCAGUGGCGGAGGCCCUGACGAAUCUUGUUUGGAUCCGCAUCCCCACGCUCGACUCUAUCAAGGCUUCCGGCAACUGGAUGUGGGCUGCCAAGCUGCCAGGAGAGGGCCCCAAGAUGUACGACAUUGCCGAGGCGCUAAGCCACAUGAUGGUCGAGCUGGGCAUUGCCAUCGAUGGCGGCAAGGACUCCCUGUCCAUGGCCUCCCGCGUGCCGCUGGGCAACGGCCAGGUCGAGACAGCCAAGAGCCCGGGGCAGUUUGUGCUCACGGUCUACGCCCCGGUGCCCGACGUCCGCAUCAAGGUCACGCCAGACCUCAAAACCAAGGGCGACGGAGUGCUGCUCUUCGUGGAUCUCGGACAGGGCCCGCCCGUUCUUGGAGGGUCUGCGCUGUCUCAGGUCUUCGCGCAGCUCGGUGCCGGUCCUUCGCCACAGGUGGAUGGCCAGGCGCUGAAGGCCACAGUUCACGGAGAUGCAUCGGCUGACGCUGAGGAUGAGAGGAUUCUGACGGCGGUCUUUGCAGAACUCGCGGCGGAGGCUUCGGAAAUCGAGCGAGUCGCCCUGGACCUGGAUCGUGCUGGUGACCCCGAGCAGGCGGUGGCCGUAUACCGACAGGUUGCAGAGCGAUUGGCCAAAGCGGCGGCCUCGUGCCCAGAAGGCAACCCCGACCGAGCCGUUCUGGCCCGCCACGCUGGCGAGGUGCUCGGCCGGGUCGUCUAUCUCGAGAGCCUGAACGGAGCGCCGGCUGCGGUGCCACCAGAGGGGCACAUCGGCUGUGACCACUUGGUGAUCCCGGGCCCCGGCGUCGAGCGCCAGGUGUCGGACGGCUUUCAGCUCAUCUCCUCGCCUCGCCGCGAGUCGACCUGGGCUAAGAAAGCGGCCUCAGCCGCGGCUGUCAGUGGUGCGGCUGGCUUGCUGGUGCUCCAUGCGCCGGUUUGCGCGAUCGGCUUGGCUGCCGGCGCUGCUUACGCCACCACCCGCGAGGACUCUGCCGGAGAGGCGGCCCGAUCGAUGGGCUCUUUUGGCCUUGAGGCUGCGUCCCACGUGCGCCAUGUCGCCCGGGAACAUCGGCUGAGCGAGCGCCUGGAUGGGGCGCUAAGCGGAGUGCGGUCCUUCGACGAGCGGUGGCGUGUCUCCGAGCGGACGCAGGCUGCAGCAGUGAGCUCGGCAGUGGCGCUGAGGGACCUGGACGAGAGACACCAGGUCAGCUCUACAGUCGCCAAGGGCGCCAUCCGGGCUGGACAAGGUGCCAGCUCCCUUUUGGGACCAGCGGCGUCUUGGGUCUCCAGACGCUUCUCGCGAAGUUAA